UUUGCAGCCAGGAAUCCCCACUUUGAAGGGGGAUUCGUGUUGCUUUGCACAAAUCUUGCUUUGCUAGUUGGUGUGUCUGUUGCUUCUUAAGGCAGAAGCUGAUCUUUGCAGGCUGGGCUUUGAAGGAGAAGCGACUUCCUCAUUCUCUCUCCCUCUCUUCUAAAGAAACCGGAUCUCUCUUCCCACACUCUUUGGCCUGUUUAUGGUUGCUGGGAGGUGGUGGGUCCCGAGAGCCAGAAAGCAGGACAGGGUUAGGGGCUAAAAACUGAAGGUCGGGGUGGGAGUAUUAACCAUCUUUUAACUGCUGUUUGCCUAGGACUAAAAAGGGGUGGGUGGGGAGGUAAUGAUCACCUGUAGGCCCACAAUACAGGGCUGGUAGGUUGUCUUUGGUUCAUGGAGUUAAGCCAAGCCUUCCUUUUUGAAAGAUCAGCUGGACUUAGAGCAUGGAAUUCUACAUUCUGUCCACGCAAGCACAGUAUAGAACUGGGGCAGGGGGAAUAUGAUCAGACCCAUUGCUGUCCCCCAAAGCAGAUUUGAGAGAAGCAGAAGGAUAAAAUGGCCAGCUCGGGCAACGAUUUUGGCCAAGAGCUGAAAGACCAAGUCAAUGAUAUUUUGAGCCGGCUGGCCAGCAAGCAGCUGUUCCAAUCCGACUGGGACAUUGCAGCCUUUGUCAUUUUCUUUACUUUCAUCGGUGUGGUCCUCUUGAUGGCGCUCCUUAUUCUUAUCCGCUGUUGCUGCUGCUGCUGUGAUUGCGACUCACCUGGACCGUAUAAAAAGGUUCCCAAGAAGAAAGUUGGCAUUGAUAACAAGGGCAUGGAGCCUGACCCGUAGCCCUCCCCCAGGGCAGAUGGCAUCUCCCACUGGAAGGAAGGGUGUGUGCUCCCCUGGAUUUCCUCUGCUGCCCCCAAAUGAAUUACCAAUUGGAGCUCGCCUGUCAAACUGUGAACCUUCGGAGAUUAAACGCUCACCAUUACGACAACCCUUCGCCCACCUUGUGCUUGCCUUGAAGCCAGGGGCAAGCGCACCACCAUUCCAGCCCUCAGAAAUGUUUCCCAUGGACUGCUGUCCUGCGUCCUGCUAGGCCUCCCUUGGGCAUCCUCUGGGGCCAAGAUCACGGGCCAAGCACUGAGGGGGAAAGGAGGGGCACCACAAAGGCCCUUGUCUGAAUGUCAGAAAUGGCCUGCGUCACUGUGAAUCCAUCUCCUUGCUUCUUACAAGGUAAUUAAAUACUUUAUGUUGAAUAAAGUCACCAGGUUGUGAUAGGAAAGCAACAA